AUGUCGCAGUACAUCGGUAAGACUAUCUCUUUAAUCUCUGUGACUGACAACAGAUAUGUGGGGCUGUUAGAAGAUAUCGACUCUGAAAAGGGUACGGUAACUUUGAAGGAGGUUCGCUGUUUUGGUACAGAAGGCCGCAAGAACUGGGGUCCUGAAGAGAUCUAUCCGAAUCCUGCGGUAUACAAUUCGGUAAAAUUCAACGGCAGUGAAGUCAAGGAUUUAAGCAUCUUAGACGCUAACAUCAAUGACAUUCAGCCUGUUGUUCCCCAAAUGAUGCCACCGGCAUCGCAAUUCCCUCCUCAACAAGCUCAAUCUUCCCCUCCGGCUCAAGUGCAAGCACAAUCCCAGGCUCCAAAGCCCGAAUCUAAUGUUCCCGCUGCGGUUGCUGGAUAUGGUGUUUAUACUCCAACUUCCACAGAAACUGCUACUGCUAACAUGAAUGAUAAAUCCCUCUCACAAGACGCCAAUGUAAACUCGCAAAGUAGGGAAAGAGGUAAAAAUGGUGAGAACGAGCAAAAAUAUCAAAGAAACAAGAAUAGAUCGACUAAUCGCCCUCCUCAAUCUAACCGCAACUUCAAAGUCGAUAUCCCGAAUGAAGAUUUUGACUUCCAAUCAAAUAAUGCAAAAUUCACUAAAGGUGAUUCCAAUGAUGUGGAAAAAGAACAAGAAUUGGAAUCUGCUUCCAACAAGCAGGAUGAAUCUGAUGAGCCCUUUUAUAAUAAAAAAUCAUCUUUUUUCGACACCAUCUCCACUUCCACUGAAACCAAUACCAAUAUGAGGUGGCAAGAAGAAAAAAUGUUGAACGUUGACACGUUCGGACAAGCUUCAGCCAGACCAAGGUUUCACUCUAGAGGUCGCGGUCGUGGGCGUGGUAAUUUUAGAGGAAAUAGAGGAAACAGAGGAAGAGGCGGCCAACGUGGAAACUACCAAAACAGAAAUAACUACCAAAAUAACGGUGCGGGUUUUCAGGACCAAAACGACUCGUACAGUAGAUCAGCAAACCAUUUUUCUCAACCACCUUCCAAUGUUGAAUUCUAA